AUGAGUUCGUCGUGGGUGACUGUUUUGAUUCUUUCCUAUGCUGGAGCUGCAACAGCCCAAUUUUACGGAUAUCUGGGAGGGUACGCAUGUUCUCAGCCGGUCUUGUACAGGCAGUGUCAGUGCCCUUCGUUCUGCGGCUCCUACGGCAGCGCUGUUAGUGGCUACACUGGUGGAUACAUUCUUUUACUUGAUAGUGGAUAUGGUGGUGGAUAUAGUGGAUAUGACGUUUCGUUUCGUAGACGCCACAAGAAACGAAGACAUCAUAAGAAGAGGAAGUUCCGUUUUGAAACUGCUGAGGAGCCAGAAGAAGAGCUUCCUGAACCAUCAUCGGAGCCAGAGGAAAAGCCCAGCAAGUCUAAACAUUCUUGGGAAGAUGAGGAUGAGUGGGAGAAGAAGUUUGUAAAGAAAAACAAAUCAAAGGAUAAGGAAGGCCAAGAGGGUGGAUCUGAAGAGCUGCCAGAGAUUGAUGACGAGGAGAUGAUCCCUGCAAAAUCCCGAUCGGAAUUAGUGAAUUCAGAGAAACAGACGCCGGCUACAGCUCCAGCUGUCAAUGCUCGUAGUAGAGCAAGACCGAGUGGUGAAGCUGGCGGUCGUGGGGCCCCAGUUAGCGUUGACAACAGUGGAGACGGCGGUCAAGUGCAACCUAUACCCGCUGGAUCUUCGAGGUCAAAUGGAGAAAGUAGACCUCCCGGGUUAGGUGGAGGCGGCGGAUCGUCCGGAUUAGCUGGCUUAGGUAACGGCGGUCUCUUUGGCAUCUCAUCAGGUAUAGGAGUCGGCGUGCCAGGAAUAGGACCUAUCGGUGUUGGAAGUGGAUUAGGAAUUGGAUGA